CCACUUUGUUCACGUGACAGGCCGUCGCCCAGGUUGUGUCGAAAGCGUCCUGGUGUUAGCAUUGUACAGCCUGUAAGGGAAACUAGUGAAAGCGACAUGGAAACAGUGUAGCCAACUUGUAAUUUAUGUGUUGAAGUGAAAACGGAGACGAGAAAGAAACAAUUGAAAUGACUGUUUUAGUCAUGACGCGCGUGCUGGGAUGUGACGACGUCAGUUAACACACGGCUAACAAAACAUUAGCCGUUAGCUUACCGUCCAAACUUUGACGGACAACUGAAGCGAUCCGCUGGCUACUUGCUAAUACUUCCUCCUCAUUUUACUACAACUACCCUAUCAAAUAAGGUGACGUUGUGUUUGCUUUUUCGUGUUGUUUCGCUCCGUGAGUAUCGCUAAGUUUAGCUUUUUAACGUACGACCACUGAUUCAUUUAAUCGGUCGUUUUCCCCCCCUAAAAGUGAGAUUAACUUUACGAAUUGUCACCUGCUGUUCCAAUUAACCUUCGUUUAUUUGUUCAUGGUAAUUAAAGCUCCGUAAACUGUUUGAACUUUGUUAGCAACUAACAUAUAUUCAACAAGCAGACGUCGAAAGUUGCCCACUUCCUCCGCACAGAUCAUGAUAGUGGAGAUUGUUUUUAUUUAGCGGUCAAAAACACAGUCUUUUUAAAAAAGAAGUCUAUCGAUCGGGAUUAGGAGAAAUGAUGCAUAAAUCCAGGAUGGCACAUUCAGGGGUAUCGGGGAGACUGCAUUGUGUCCAGCUUUCCGUCCAGUUUUUCCGAUAAUCUGCGUGCAUUUAUUUCGCAAUGCGGCGCCGUCUAUAGAGAUCCAUUCAUAUCUGAGCUCGAAGCGCUAGUUUUUGGGGAAGUUGUAUUCAGUUGGUGCGUAGCGUCAUUCAAAGCAGACAGUGUGUAGUUUUCCUCAUCGGUGGAGUGAUGUCUGGAGACGCAUCUGAUAGCAGUGAUGAUUCCGAUGGAAAAAGUCACGAGGAGACCUCGACUGUUAAGCAUCAGAUCACUAAUGCCAACCUCACAGGUCACACAGAAAGGGUCGGGAUGGAGAACUUUGAGCUUCUGAAGGUUUUAGGCACUGGAGCCUAUGGAAAGGUAUUUUUGGUCCGGAAGAACAGCGGUCAUGAUGCGGGCCAGCUCUAUGCCAUGAAGGUCCUGAAAAAAGCAGCCAUCGUUCAGAAAGCAAAGACAACAGAACACACUCGCACUGAGAGGCAGGUUCUGGAGCACAUCCGUCAGUCUCCCUUCCUGGUCACGCUUCACUACGCCUUUCAGACCCAGAGCAAGCUGCACCUCAUCCUGGACUACGUGAGCGGUGGGGAGAUGUUUACCCAUCUGUACCAGCGGGAUCACUUUUCCGAGGACGCGGUGCGAGUCUACAUCGGGGAAAUAAUCCUGGCUUUGGAGCACCUGCACAAGCUUGGCAUCGUGUACCGAGACAUCAAAUUGGAAAACAUUCUCCUGGACAGCGAAGGCCAUGUGGUAUUGACAGAUUUUGGCCUCAGCAAAGAGUUCCUGGAGGAGGAGAAGGAAAGAACCUACUCGUUCUGCGGCACCAUUGAAUACAUGGCUCCAGAAAUCAUCAGGGGGAAGGCCGGGCACGGCAAGUCUGUGGAUUGGUGGAGUCUCGGGAUCCUGAUGUUUGAGCUCCUAACGGGGGCGUCUCCUUUCACUCUGGAAGGAGAGAGGAACUCCCAAAGUGAGGUGUCAAAGCGUAUUUUGCGCUGCGACCCGCCUUUCCCCUCCAUGAUCCGAUCCGUUGCUCAGGACCUCCUGAAGAAGCUGCUGGUGAAGGAUCCUCACAAAAGGCUGGGCUCCGGUCCUCGAGGAGCCGAGGACAUCAAGGCUCAUCCUUUCUUCAAGGGACUGAACUGGGAAGACCUGGCGAAGAAGCAAGUGGUCGCCCCCUUCAAGCCAGAGCUGAAGAACGAACUGGAUGUGGGCAAUUUUUCAGAAGAAUUCACUGGGAUGGAUCCCGUCUACUCUCCGGCGAGCACGCCGCCGAGCACAGACCGGCUGUUUAAGGGUUACUCCUUCAUUGCUCCGUCCAUCUUGUUCAACAAAAACGCCGUGAUGGGUGACUUGAUGGAGUCUCAGGUCAAAGUGGACCGCCCGGCGUCGGCUUCAGUCCAGCGCAGUGCCAUGUUAGAGGAGUCUCAGUUCUUCCUGCACUAUGAGCUGGACCUUCAGGGGCCGCCGCUUGGCGAGGGCAGUUUCUCUGUCUGCAGGAAAUGCAGACACAAGCAAACCGGCCACGAGUACGCCGUCAAGAUCGUCAGCCGCAGAAUGGAGGCAAACACUCAGAGGGAGAUCGCUGCUUUGAGGCAGUGUGAGGCUCACCCCAACAUCGUCAAGCUGUUCGACGUCUACACCGACCAGUAUCACACAUAUUUAGUGAUGGAGCUUCUCCGAGGUGGGGAGUUGCUGGAGAGGAUCAAGAGGAAGAAGCUGUUCGGGGAGGCCGAGGCCAGCCAUCUGCUGCAGAGCCUGGUGUCAGCCGUCAGCUUCAUGCACGAAGCCGGAGUCGUGCACAGAGAUCUGAAACCAGAGAACGUUCUGUUUGCAGACGAUGGGGAGGACUCUGUUCUGAAGGUCAUCGACUUUGGGUUCGCCCGGCUGUGCCCCGCCGGCAGCGCCCCCCUGCAGACCCCGUGCUUCACGCUGCAGUACGCAGCUCCAGAGCUUUUCGAACGGGCCGGAUAUGAUAAAUCCUGCGAUCUGUGGAGCCUCGGCGUCAUCUUGUACACCAUGCUGUCGGGGCAAGUCCCGUUUCAGAGCGACCAGCGUGGAAUGACCUCAUCGUACGCCGUAGACAUCAUGCAGAAGAUCAAAGAAGGAGAUUUCUCAUUGGACGGAGACCCCUGGAAGGGUGUAUCGGAAGACGCCAAAGAGCUUGUGAAAGGCCUGCUGACUGUGGAUCCGGAGAUGCGCCUCAAACUCUCGGAUCUGAAGGAGAACGGCUGGCUGCAGGGCGGGGCGUCAAUGUCCACCACCCCUCUGUGCACUCCCGACGUGUUGGAGUCCAGCGGGCCGACUGUUCGCACUUAUGUCAACGCCACUUACAAGGCCUUCAACCGCUGCAAGAGAGAAGGCUUUUUCCUGAAAAGCGUCGACCACGCUCCCCUGGCCAAACGCCGAAAGCUCAAGAUGACGAGCACGGGCGUGGAGACACGAUGGAGUUCGUCCUCAUCGUCCUCCUCUUCUUCCACUUCCUCCACCGCCUCUGCAGCAGCGUCCAAAGAGCAGUCCAAGCAGUCUGUGACCCCCAAGCAGAGCAAGGCCAAAUGACCUUUGCCAGGAGAUAAAAAUGAAGCAGAUGCCCUCUAGUGGUCAGUUCCAAACAUCCCCGUUCCUUUCUCCCCUCAGCUGUAAAGCAGAGGAGCCUCAGCAUUGGCUAAGCACAAUUAGCACAAUCAAGACGCCUGGAUUUCUAGGGAAGGAAGGAGCCAUUGCAGCAUAAAUGCAGCAGAAGCAGGUCAGAAUGGGAGGAAUUGAAUCCCCCCUCCUUCCAGGCUUUGAUUCGGCUCCCGGCUACAUUUUUAAGUCCAGAACGAGGCGGGAGCUCGGAGCAGAAAGCAGCUUUCUCACAGAGGUAUUUUUGGGUGGAGGUUCAGACGUUUGCACUAUUUCUAGAGAAUGAUCAAAUUGGACCCCCCCCCCCCAACAAACAAACAAACAAACCCUAGUAUCAUCACUGAGAGGACCGUAUGGUAUUGGAGGAUUGCCUCUCACUGUUUUAGUUUAUCAGCUGUACACUACCACGCCCACGGAUCCCUGCAAACGUCAGAGGUUUGGCUUCACAAAUGACUUCAAAGUAAUCAAGCAGUGCCUGGGAAGAGACAGAGAAGCCAUUCCUGAUGUAUAGAACUCUUACUGUGGCAGUCCAGAAAAAAACAACCACAAAACAUUUUUUAAAAAAACACGUUCCUUUUUUUUAUUGUUUCUUUUGCGUCAGAUUUUUGUCCAGUUGAAGGUGCAGCUUGAAUGUUUGACCCCCCCCCCCAUAAACAGUGUUGCUGUUCUCUGUGCCAUUGACGGCCCCCACAGACGCCGCUUGUUUCGCUACAGAGAUGCUCUAUUUGUGACGAUGUUGUCUUCUUUUCCAGGUUUGAUUUGUUUUGUUUUAAACCGAUGUGAUAAAGCUUUGAAAUGGAGACGAUUCAGAAUGAGACAUUUAAAGGAGGACUUUUAGGAGACCGUCCUGUGAAAAAGAUGUGGACAAACACAUAUAUUGAUUUUCUGCAAAAAAAAAAAAAAACACAACCAUGUACCGUAUGUCAAAUGAAUUGGUGUUUUAAUGAUUUUAGUCUCUGACUGUAAUGAUUUUAUUGAUUGUUGCUCGUAUUGAUGAACAGUUGAACACAUUUUGGCUUUAAAGGUGCUUUUCUUGUUAUUUAUUAUGACAUCAUCGCUCGGUUAUGGGAUUUUUAUCACUUGGCUUUUGUAUGGUGCAUGUGCGUGUGCGAGCUGGAGUGCGACUGGACUUCAGUUCUGCUGAGAUUCUCACGCGAGACGAGGCGUUAUUGCAACUUACUGUAUUCUUUUUUUAUUGCAGAUUUCAACCAGUCAUUUUAAAGGUAACCUGUUUUGACUUCACAACCCUUUUGGCAUUUCUGAUUUUUGUCCUCUGUGAUCUGUUUUCUAAUGUUUUUCUUUCAGAAUUGCUGUUGUGUUGAGAUGCACUGUCACUGAUGUUGUAACUGGGACUUUUCAUUUUUGCACCAAGUUUUCUUUGAUGGGUGCAAAUAAACAGUACUUUAAACUGA